AUGGAAGGAGAGACAAGAAACGAGGACCUUAUAGAUGAAUAUGCGAUGAGCUACGCUGUUAACGUGCCUCUGAGGCAAUCACUCUUGCUAAGAUCUGUCAGCAUCGUGCAUUUUACGCGCAUCGCAUGGCAGUACAUGCUCAGCACUGAACAGGGCAAAGAAGGAAACAAACCAGAGAAAGGUCAAGGUCAAAGGGUAGUGUUAGACCUGGUAAACCAUUUAUCUACAGGAUAUGGGAUAACUACUGAUAACUUUUUUACCAGUAUUGAGUUGGCCAAUAAGCUCUUAGAUAAAAACAUUACCUUGUGUGGAACACUGCGUAAAAAUAAACCUUAUAUUCCAAAAGAACUACUUCCAGCAAAAUACAAGAAAGAUUUUUCAAGCAUAUGCCUCCAAAAAAAAAGAAAGCAAUGGAUUGCAGAAGCGAUGAAGAGGGCAGUAGAAGCAGUUAAGAACAAGGAAAUGGGAACUCUCAAGGCGUCUAAAGCAUUUGGCGUGCCCAAAAGCACACUGAUUGAUUAUGUAAUAAGUAAGAAACCGGUUGAUACAUUACUUGCUAUCAAAUUAGACAGAAAACCUGCUUUAACAAAUGAACUUGAAGAAGCACUAGUUGAGUAUGCUCUCGAAAUGAAAAGAAGGUAUUUUGGUCUCCGAGCGUCAGAUGUAAGAAGACUAGCAUUUCAGCUGGCGAUACGUAAUGGGCUUAAGCAUCCUUUUUCUUGCCGAAGUGCCGCUGCUGGAAAAAAAUGGUUGAAAUCGUUCAUGUCAAGACACCCAAAAUUGUCUUUCCGAAAACCACAGGGAAUUUCUGCAGCCCGUGUUAAGGGUUUUACAAAAGAGAAUGUUCAAGCAUUUUUCAACUUCCUUGGUGGCGUUUUACCAAAAGUUGGCUUUAAUCCAGCAGCAAUCUAUAAUGUUGAUGAGACUGGUAUUACGACAGUACAACACAAACAUGCCAAAGUGAUAAGUUUGAAAGGAAAAAGGCAAGUUGCAGCUUUAACUGCUUCGGAACGAGGUGCUUUAGUAACUAUUGUAACGUGUAUGAACGCUGUCGGUCGUUACAUACCACCAAUGUUGGUGCUUCCCCUCAAAAAUAUGAAGCCUGAGCUUCUAAAUGGAGCUCCCCCUGGGUCCGUUGCCAGAUGUCAUCCAUCGGGAUGGAUUCAGCAAGACAUUUUUACAGACUGGCUGAGGCACUUUAUUUUACAUGUAAAACCUAGCGAACCCAAACAAGUUGUCUUGAUAUUAGAUGGACACUAUUCUCAUUCAAGGAAUAUUGAUGUUAUCAACAUUGCCAGAGAUAAUUUCGUCCAUAUUAUCUGCCUACCUCCCCAUUCUACAAAUAAGUUACAACCACUCGAUGUCUCCUUUAUGUCACCUUUCAAAACUUAUUAUGCUGCUGAAAUUGAAACAUGGCUUAGAGCAAAUCCAGGGAGAGUUGUAACUUCCUAUAAAAUUUCAGAACUAAUGGGAAGAGCCUAUUUAAGAGCAGCGAGUUGUGAAAUUGCAGUGAAUGGUUUUAGAAAAUGUGGAAUAUUUCCAUUCCAACCGACAAUUUUCCGAGAUGACGAAUUUGCCAUCCAUUCUUCAAAUGAAAAACAAUCAGUCGAAGGAGAUAAUGACGAAAAUCAGAUUGCUGUGGAUCCUGCUGUUGCUGAAAACUUAAGAAAAGAAAGAGAAACUACACCACCCAUUUCGACACCUAAGCUCGUUGUACCUCAGGAUAUUUGUCCUAUACCUAGCCUAAAGACAAAAUAUCAGUCUCCAAGGCCAGGUUUUUCGGGUGAAGCUUCUAAAAAAGGAGGUAAACGUUGUUCAACAGCUAUCCUCACUUCUACGCCUUAUAAGACAGAUUUAGAAGAGAGCUUGAAAAAAAGAAAAAAGAUCACACCGAAAAAAGUUAGCCUGAAUCAAAAUAAAUCAAAACUAAAAAACGAGAUGGAAAAAGUUAACAAUAAAAAAUCGAUCCCAAAAGGAAAAAAAGGAAGAAAGAGGAAGAUAAGCUCAUCUAGCAGUUCUGAUAGUGAUGAAAUUCAAUUGGUAGACACGGAUGACAACAUGGAGCAAGAUGACGUCGAUGUGGAAUGCUUUUAUUGUUCCAACUGGUUCUCUGAAGAUAUUUCUGGAUCCAAGUGGGUCCAAUGCAUGAAGUGUCUGCGUUGGUGUCACGAAGAUUGCUCAGAUAUAGGCAAGGAGAAAUCAUUUAUUUGUGAAUUAUUUUUAGAUGGAUAA